GCCGGGACGGAGAUGUUAGAUGACGUGGGAUCGUGAGAAAUUAUUAGAUAAUAGGGUGUCCGGGGGUCGUCGUUUGGGAAAAUGUGAUGCACGCGCUGGGAGCCUCGUUCAUUCGUCUGCUCGUUUCAUCUACAGUUCUGCUAGCAUUGCUAGCACUGUUGUUCAUCUUGCCAGGCAGCAAGUCGUCUUCGUCGAUGCGAUCUUAGACUCUCAAAUGUCCCCAGUAUCCGAUUCUCCUUGGCCUCUUCAGACUCCUGCUCCUCCUCCUCCUCCAAAACGUAGACGACUUGCCCCAAGGCAGUCAACCUUUUUCGACCAAAUCGAGCGGGCGCAACAGCAAUGCCAGCUUUCUUCAGGCAACGAUGUCAUCUCAUGUUUCCCCACAAAUGAAACUAUUUAUGCCCAAAAUCAGUGGGCAGCAUUCGUUUGGAACUCUCGUCUACCCGAAUUCACUCAAUUUGGUAAAGUAAACGCAUACCUUUUCGAUGGCGACUCUCGAAAGCAGGUCUUAGCUGUUCGCAACCUAGUCAACCCAACAAAUCAAGCUGGCACCCUUACAGUACUGGUGAAUGAUACAUGGUGGGGACCGAGUGGCGCUCUUUGGAGUGGAAGUAACAUGUCGCACUCGUUCUAUUGGGUUGUGAAGCGUGCGGACCAAGAGCUCACUGGCUCCGAGUUUACUCAGGCCCAUUUUGUUGCAGUUCAAACAACCUAUGCCGACUCAAUAAUAGCGUCCAUGUCGACUGCAUCAUUUGCAUCCUCAUUAUCCGCCGCAUCUGCCUCUGCAGCAUCAGCCUCUCGCGCUUCUGUCUCUUCUCAUUUGACCGCCAAUCCGACCGCAAACCCGACCGCAGGUAGUAAUAUUCAAAAUAGCGGGGGUUCUUCGUCGUUCCCUAAAUGGGCGAUAGCCGUCAUCGUUAUCCUUGGCUUUGUUGCAAUCGCCACCACCUGUCUCUUGAUUUUCUUUAUCAUGCGACGUCUCCGGCGGCGGAGGGAGAUGGAUUCCAAACGUAACUCGAUGGGUUCGGCCUCACCCAUGAUGGCCCAUGCCAACAACGAACCGCAAUCACCCCUCCUCGCAAGUCAUACUGAUCAUCGUGAUUUCCAAAGCUCUGUUGGUCAUGGGAAUCCCGUCGCUCCAGCAGCUAUGGGUACCGCUGCAGGUGUUGCAUUAAAUCGUGCACCCAGUCUUGUUUCGCCCGAUGGUGCCUCAACAAUCAGUCGUGCGGGCAGUGCAGGAGAAGGUGGACCGUUUAGCGGCGCCGAUGCGGCAAUUAUGGCCGAUGCCUUCAGAAAGGCGUUGCGGAAACCCGACUUUGCGGGGCGACCGGUUGAAGAAGGGGAUAGCCCCGAAAAUCCAGAAGCAAAAUCAGAGUUGUUGAGCCGGGAAUUAGCGGAGGAAGGUAGAGAUAUAAGAAGUGUUAGCUCGUCGAGAGGGGUGAGAGUAGAGACGUUGAGUGACAGUGGAGACACAGCUCACGAUAUCUAUCGUUGAUGAGUCUCUCCGUUCUCCGUUCUUUCUUGCGAACUCUCGGCAAGGUGCUACCUUCUGUGCCUUGCCUGUCUAUUUUACUUGGUGACGUUAUUUCUUCUUUAUCCUCUUUCCCCGCCGUGUACCUUUUGACCCCAUCUUCCAAAUUUUCCCCGCUUUCCGAUUGACACUUUCUUUCUCCACUUUUCUUUCCCGUCUUUCCUUCAGUAAACUUCUUAGUCUGUGUUGCGGACGGACCCUCGCCGUGCUUUACCCAACCUUUAAUCGAUUGAUGUUCUGUAACACUUCGCUUUCAUCGCUUUUACACAUUCGGACUCGAGAAUCUUGUCUUGUUCAUUUAGUAUUGGAAGUUCAUUACCUACGUCUCGUUGACUCUGCAAAUCAUUUCUUUUCGCAUUUAUCAGCAGGACUCGACGCUGAUGUGUGUUUCUCUUCUACUAUAUCUUUAUUCUCUCCUUUCUCUCGUUUGGGAAGAAGUCCCUGUUUGCGCCGCACGGCAUUUCCAAGUCACUCGUUUUAAUUUCCCUUGCGACGGCUCCACAACCCAUAUAUCAUUUUCCACGAUUCCCUUUAGCUAAAUUAUUCCCUCUCAUUUUUCUCUCUACGAACUCUUAUGAAACCUUUUGUUGAAUCAAAAGCUAUAAUUGCAAUGUCAGAGGCGUUUUGUUGCGCGACUCCACC